AUGGAAACUUUAGAAAAAUACUAUAAAGUUACUGCUCAGCAAGAGUAUGAAAAAAAUCCACAACUAUCUGCCACAGAUGUAGAAGAGCUUCUAAAGUGGAGUGACGAAAAUAUAAAUUUAUAUGGAAAAUUGAUUGAUAUUCAGAUUAUAAUGUUUUUGCAUGCGUGUAACUACGAUAAAGAAUAUACAAAAAAGGUAAUAAGUCAGUGCUAUAAUUUACGGGCUAAGAAGUGCACUCCCUUCUUUUCGGCAAGAGACCCUGCACAUCCUUUCAAUCAAAAACAAUUGGAUGUUGUUAAUAUAAACAUAAUUCCGGACGAAGAAAAUGGCUACAGCUAUAUAUGGUCGCAAUUAAAAAUCGUGGAUGCAUCACAAUAUUAUCCAACUGUGGCGUCAAAACUAACUUUUAUGGCCAUCGAACUCGACCAAGUCGAAUACGGUACUAAGUCGGGGUACAGAAUGGUACUGGAUUCGAAUAAUUUUAGCUUAAGCCACGCAUUACGUUACUCCCUAUCAAACGCAAGACAUUUAAUGUUAUACGUCCAGGAAGGUACGCCAUUUGUGAUUGAUAAAAUUUACAUUCUCAACGUCACCUCAGGAACUGAAAGAUUAUUCUCAAUGAUGAAACCAUUCAUGAGCUCUUCAUUGAUAAAUAAAGUUAUAAUAAAAUCAGUUCCGAAGACUAAUGAAUUUAUAAAAACAUUGCCACAAACAAUCGUGCCUAAGGACUAUGGUGGUCUUGCACCGAUUAUGAGCGAAACAAAUGAAAUCUUAAAACAAAAAUUAUUGGAUAAUCGCGAUUACUUUUUGGAUGAAGAAAAAUUAAGAAAUGGUAAUGUUAAAGAUGAAGUAGAUACAACAGUUGGAGAAAAUGACAAGGAUAAUAUAAAUUCUUUUAAAAAUUUAAGCAUUGAUUAA